AUGGCGGGCAUGUUCAAGAACGUGUUUGGCUCCGCUGGAGCCAAACCUGAUGAUGAAUUCGCCGACUUCGUGGAAGCUCCGAACCCGUCACCUGCGUCCCUCUUCGCCGAUACGACGACCGUGCCGGCAGCCAACACCUUGGGCGCCGAUGUUCCCUACACAGCAUGGUACCGCGUGUGGGAGCGGACAUCUUUGAGUGACUUUAAGCAGGAGGGCAUGAUUAUGCCUGUUAUCCUCUUGAUCGUCCUCUUCCACCUCUGGGGCGCGCGCAAGAACCGCAGCAAGGCCAAGGCGUGGGCCCAGGCUCACGGCCCUGCCCUUCAGAAGGAGUUCGCUGUCGUUGGAUUCGAUGGUAUUGCCCGUCCAGCCCCUGAGGAUGGUGAGAAGUUGGCCAACCCCGAAUCGCUGCUGAAGGAGAAGUCGGCUUGCGAGUUCGCCGCCUAUGCCACCGGUCGUCAGAACGUUGCCUUCCUCGAUGUCAACCUCAAGAUGCCUAAGCGCUACAACCCGAUCACCUACCUGAUGGAGUAUGUCUUCAGCUUCUUUUUCGAGAGCUGGGAGGCCCCCGUUGAGAAGUACGAGGCUCUCCUGUACGCUUUUGAUGGCAAGGAGAAGGACCUGGUUCCCGUGCUUGACAAGGAUGCCGCUCCUGUCAAGGUGCCUAGCUCAACCUACGAUGGAUUUAUCUGGGCUGUCGUUCACAAGAGCCACAUGCGCAAGUUCCGCAAUGACCGUUACGAUGCCUCCAUCACCUUCUCCAAGGAUAACCCCAAGCUCCCCUCGUGGGUCACCGUUAUGACCGAGAAUGCUGAGAUCAGUGACACUCUCCUCACCCCAGAGUUGGUCCAGGCUAUUGAGCAGGCCGGUAACGAUUUUGAAUUCCUGAUCGUGACUGACCAGCCCGUUGACAAGCCUAUGAAGAUUGAGGAGACUGUGCCCAAGAAGCGCAUUCAGCUCUCCGCUAACCUCGCCUCCUCCGCCUCCGGCUACUCCACUACUCUCCCCCUGUUCAACCAGUUCCUUCGCUUGGCUGAUAAGCUUGUUGCCUCUGCUCACUUCCGUCCUGAGGUGAUGCGCAAGGUCCGCAACAUCCGUGAGGAAGAGAUCAAGAAGCUUCGCCGUGUUGAGGAAGAAGAGAAGGCCGAGGAGCGCCGCAUCGCAGCCGAGAAGAUCAAGAAGGAGGAGCGUGAGCGUAUCCUGCGUGGCUUGAGCGCCGAUGAGCAGCGCAAGUUCCUGGACCGUGAGGCUCAGAAGGGCCAAAGACGUUCCAUGAAGAAGAGCACCCGUAAGGGCUAA